AUGGAUAUUGCAGCGUCAUUGUUAGUUUCAGCUUUCAUAUCUUUGGUCUGUUCUCAAGGAUAUGCACUAAGUUGGAAUUACUAUGCAAAAACAUGCCCUGGCGUUGAAACAGCCAUCAGAAAGGUAGUACAGGAUGCGGCAACGAGGGACAAAACAAUCCCUGCGGCACUACUGAGAAUGCACUUCCAUGAUUGUUUGAUAAGGGGUUGUGAUGCCUCAGUGCUGCUGAACUCACAAGGGAAGAACACUGCUGAGAAGGACGGUGCCCCUAAUCAAUCAUUGCAUGCAUUUUUUGUCAUCGACGAUGCUAAGGAAGCAGUGGAAGCUCUUUGUCCUGGCAUUGUCUCCUGUGCUGAUAUCUUGGCUAUAGCUGCAAGAGAUGCAGUUGUUCUGUCUGGUGGACCAUAUUGGACUGUUCCCCAUGGAAGAAAAGAUGGAAGGAUAUCAAAGGCCAGUGAAACCAGUCAAAUGCCAUCUCCAACUUUCAACAUAUCUCAGCUACAACAAAGUUUCUCUCCAAUGGGUCUGUCAAUGGAAGAUGUUGCCGCUCUCUUAGGUGCCCACACUAUAGGUUUUUCCCAUUGCUCGUCAUUUGAGAAUAGAAUCUACAACUUCAAUACUACCAACGAUGUAGAUCCUACAUUGCACCCAUCUUUUGCAGAGAGUUUGAAAAACAUUUGUCCCAAGGAUAACAAGGCCAAGAACGCAGGCACAUCUAUGGAUCCAUCUCCAACAACUUUUGACAAUACAUACUAUAAAUUGAUCUUGCAAAAGCGAAGCCUCUUCUCUUCAGAUCAGGCUUUACUUGCUUCUCCAAACACCAAAAGCUUGGUUUAUAAAUUCGCAAGCUCCAAACACAGUUUCUAUAAAGCUUUUUCAAGUUCAAUGACCAAGCUCAGCAGCCUGACCGGCGGUCAGGAAGUUAGAAAAGACUGCAGGGUGGUUAACUAA